AUGGAUCAACUCGGUAAUUAUGUUCUGCCAGGAAACACGGUCACCUACCACGACAAGGGAGCACGACAGGUUGACGUGGUUGGGAAAGAAGAGAAGAGAGCAUACAGCCUGCUUGUAGCAAGUACGCCAGCAGGCGACUUCUUACCAUUCCAGCAGAUCUGGGCUGGCGCGUCGACACGUGUCCUACCUGCGCACACCGCUCCGGGCAUGCAGGAAGCUCUCGAUGCAAGCCAUGGCUUCGAUUUCACUUUCGCUGCGAGCAAUAAGAAAACGAGCCAUUUCAGCACACUGAAGACGAUGCAGGAGUGGACUGAAAGGAUUCUCGACCCGUACAUCAAGCGUGUCAUCGCCGAGGAUCCAGAUCUUCCCACGAAUCAGAAGGCGAUCCUU